GCAGAGUGCCAAUGGUCCUGACCCAGCUCGCUUAGAACGUUUGCAGCAUUUGGACCACUGCUUUCAGUCUGAAGAGUCAGAGAGCGAGGCUGGUGAAGAGACCCUACGUGUAGCACAUGAAUCAUUGCAAGAUGAUGAAGAACUGUAUGUGGAGACGAAUGGUGCUACAGCACUGAGCUCGCUGCCGACAAGAUACCUGGCACCAGGUUCUAUCAAAAUGCUCUGGAUGCAGUUCUGCCAAGAGCGGUCUGUCAAAGUGUCGUACAACCACUUCUGGCGACAGUACACACGGACGUGGUCCAAAAUACUUCGGUUCACUGCACCUUCAAGCCACGCUGCUUGCGAUGACUGCCUCGAGUUCAAGGAACUCUUCAAGAUGGCGAAGGAUCCACAGAUGGCUUUUGACGUGGCCCGGGAAUACAAAGAACAUGUUGACAGUGUCAAGAGGGACCGGCAGUUGGAGGAGUGGUUGGAGGCCCAGAGCCCCUUGGAGCAGCCUGCGCCAUUGUGCGUCCACAUGGUGCCCCAGCUGCAACUUCUUUACCAAACCUACGGACUGCUUGCAGUUGCAUUUCGAUAUGUCGAUGUGCUUGCUGAUGAGAUGGAUGUGGUGCAGCUUGAUCGGGCACCGGUCACUUUCAAAGGAGGCCUGCGCGACGACAGCACGGGCGUCCACAGUUUCAUGUUUCUUUUGCGCCGAGACUUGCCACGAAAUGUCAAAGUGGCAGAAACCGGUCGCGGAGCGGGUGGAGAGAUUCACCCUCUUGACGUGGUGGUGCUCGUCAAAAGGUAUGCUGCUGACCAGCAGCUUGCCCAGGAAGCGCAGCUCUGCUUCCCGCACCGCUACUUGUCCAUGCUGGGGCCAUGCCCAUCUGAGCCUAGAGCGCUUAAGGCAGGGCUGUGCGUGGCCCGUUUGGAAUUGCAGCUUAAGCCUGCCCAGAUCAAGAAGGAUCCGAAGAAGGUCAAAAAGAACCAUGUGAAGAGGCGGCAAGGAGAUUUGGGAAGUCUUUUGUAUGCAAUGGGCUGGCCAGUUGGAGAUGGUCCCAUUUGUAUCCCCUUCAGCAUGAUGGGCAACCGGUUGAAGACUGCGGACCCUUCCUUCGCUACACAUACUGCCUACUAUGAGAACGUGGCUAGUGACCAGGACAUCAACAUCAUCGAAAACGUGCCUGAAUAUGAAGAAGGAAUUGCCAAGAAAGCAUUGGGUCCUGCCUGGGACAUCAAAGCGAUGAAGCUGGACCCGCGCAUUCUCGGCCUCGGUGUGGAACAGAACUUGCUGGAUUACCAGAGGUCCCGCUACUGCGACAAGAAGAUUGUGGACUUGACUCAACUAGCUCGGAACAAUCGCGGGCGUGGUGAGACCAAAGACAAUGCGCUGUGCACAUUGACCACCAACUCUGGAAAGCUCUACUCCAAGGAUCAUGGGCGCUUUCUCUCUGGAGCUGAGUUGCUGGCCUCGCAAACGUUGCCCACCACAUCUCUCCAGCUUGAAGUUUGUAAGCCAACCGCUAUCACUGCAGUCAUUUGCUGGCCUCGGCCGGUCUCGGCUGUUCUCGCCGUGAUGGCAAAAAGAGCAGCACCACCUGGCACUUCGCGGCGGCCAUUGAAAGCUGUGAAGCAGGAAGAUCCUGACCACCCGUGGGCUCACAAGAUUUUGGAAGCAGCAAGGAAGUUCGACAUUCAAAAAGGAGAUCACCCUGUGGCAUUUUGCCUCCGGAAUUUCAACCAGGCCCUUUGCGAGCCGCUGGCUACAUGGCUCAAUGAGAUUGCGCCAGGAACAGUGGCAAACAUGGAUUCUGUCAUCAUUCCGGCGUCCGGCACUGCACAGACAUUGAAUCCGCCCAUCUUGUCGCUCAACCUGGUGCAGCCAUCGGACGGACUGCCACUUCUACAGGAUUGGCUUCUCACAGCAAGGGAUAUCUACACAGUUGGCUACGAAGGGUGGAGAGAGACAGUGGAAGUUCGGUUGGAUGACCCGUCAUGCGUGGGGAAAGCAGUCAGCUAUUGCUCUCUGACACCCACGAAGGGCGUCUGCCGCUCCACUAUCUUGAUAUUCGCUCUGGUUUUCACGUUCCUCCAGUUCAAGGAUAUGAUGUCUGAAGAAGAAACUGCAGAUUUUGCAAGGUGGUUACAUUCACUGUCGACAUUCCGUGUGACUUUGAUGGAUGGUCCAAUCUAUGCAUUGGAGUAUCGCAGGAUGCAGAUCCAUGAGCAACAAGCGGAGAAACAAAGGAAAAACCCUUUGCAAAAGACUUUGGUGUUUGCAGAGCGUGCAAAAGCUAUCAUGCUGAGCGACAGAAGCCUUGAAGAACGUGAUGCCUUCAUGGUGGCGGUGGCUGAGUACAAUGUCUAUGGUGUCGGUGUGAGCCCAGUUGUGUGGAAGAUGAUCGAGAAUCAUUUGCAUCAGCAUCGCUUUGGUGAUUCAGGUUGGGUUCUGGGAGUAUUGGGGUGUUGGGGCAUGUCAUGUGUUGGCAGCAGUCAUCAGUCUUGCUCACAUGUCCCAGCCUUGCAUUCGCCCCUGUCAGCCUUCAGCACUCCAACUCUGACAUCAACCAGAUGGCUUCUCAAUGGACAUCCCGAUGGAGUUGACAACCCCUUGUGGCACAAUAUUCUGACUGUCGAUUCACACAAGCAAUUGGGAUUCUUAAGCCGUGUCCUCUUUCUCCACGGCCGUGCCUUGAAGAGAGGGGGCAGGGCAGCUUCAUGUCGCCUGACGCUGAAUGAAUGGAACAACGAGAUUGAGAGAAUGUGCUUAGCAGUCUACAUCAUGGAGCAGAUGGAAAUGGCAGCAGGCCAUGAUGGCAAGCCGCUUUUUGACGCAGAAACACUGGAGAAGGUUAGCAAACGCGUGACUGAUGGGGACUACACCAACGAGCUCCAGACUCUCUUGACAGUGAAGGAAGCUCAGUUCCAAGCACAUCACACUGAUAUCUGGAGAGAACAUGUGGCCAGUUCUGCUCCGGUCAACCAGUUUGCGGUAGUGGAUGACAAAUUGGAGUCAAUGUCCAAAGACGCUCGCAAGACAGCCUUUCAACAGGACUGCCUGAAGCUCACUCGUGAUGUGGCCCAACUAGGUGUGCUCUACCAAGAACAAACCCAGAGUGAAAGAAGCAAUCGUCUUCAGAAAGUGCUGCACUUGAAGCAUCAAAACAACUUGGGUGCCUCCUCGAUCAGCAAGUUCAUGGAGUUGAAUAUGCGCUGCGUUGCUGGGAGACCUGGGGAGCUGGAAGCUGCUGCUGACAAGGCAUUCAUCACCGACAUGGCUCGGCAUCAGUCUUGGGGAGGCACCAUCGUAUGGCUGGACUACACCAAAUAUGGGAAGAUUACAGGGACUGACUUGAACGACAGCUGCGAUCUCCUUUCAAUGAUCAUGGGCAGAAAGCCGCAGUCGACCGUUGGCAUCGUAGUGGCACCGUUUUUGGUGUCCGAAAAAGUCCAAAACGGCCAGAGGGGGGAAAUCAGGAGAAUAGAAGAUAAACUCGACGCCCUUGGAAUCCAGAGUGAGCUCUUCAUGAUCCGGAUGGCCACAGCUCCGGGUCAGAAGCAUGUGCCGCUGCAGUUUCCGGGGUGGAUAUGCAUGCAAGAGGAUUGUGUACGCGACAACGUUUUUGCGUCAUCACAGCUCCUGACGGACAGGUGCACUCGUGCAAACAUCAGCUGGAUCCCCGAGAGCAAUUAUGUGGUUCCAGCGGCAGCCACAGACAUGACACCAUCUUCUGCAGAGACCAGGUCUAUGUCACCUUUCCAGGAGAGUGCACAAUACCUUGCAGGUCGAGAAGUUCCGCAACAAGUCUUGGGAAGCUUGCUCUCCAAGGCGAAAGUUGGUGAUGGAUCAGUGGUUGGAUUGAUCAACCUGAGUCCUUACGACACCUGGUUGGAGCUGACUGCUCAUGAAUGGGUUCUGGAACACAAUGGGACGUGCAUGCCGACUCUUUCACUCUCCAAGUCCCUGUCCAUCAUUGAGUAUUGUCAACGAUCGCUGGCUUUGAAGCUGUUGGAUGACUGGAAGCGUGGCAACCAUUUGAUGGGAUCCAGCAUGCCCAAGUACGAGCCAGAUUUCGAACCUACCGAGCAAGUGAACCUUGCCAAGUUUCCUUUGCAGGUUGCAAAAAUUGAGAUUGUCCCUGGGAAGACUGGCUGGAGCAAGUACAAGAUUACUUUGCCGCAGAGCUUCCGCUCCUUGUACUACAGUGAUGUUCUGUACGGACCAGACUGGAGGGAGCUGAUUGCAGACUUCGACAAGAGGUUUGAGAUCUUGUCAGCUGAGACCUUGUCGGCUUCUGGGGCUCCAGACACCGAAGCCGAAAGCACCUUGCCACCCUGGGAUGUCGCACACACUCCUCUCGCUGUUCCCAUCAAGGACUUCCAACUGGGGCACGGAUCAGCCAAAUUCCAGAAGGCAGAGAAGAUCGCUGCCAUGAAACGUGAAGGGAAAUCAGGCCAGGUGAGAAGCGGAUCACCGCCGGCUUCUUCCACACCAAUGUUGAAGGACCCUCCAGCUGCAAAACCCGAAGACGUCAAGCCUGAGGAUUCUGCAGGUGGUGCAGAGCCCAUGCCUUCACCUUUGCCGCUGUCAUCGGCACUGAGUACAGAGAAAUCAGACCCUGCACUACCUUCAGGAGAAGUGGAUAAACUAGCUGAGGAUCUUAAGAAUUCUUGGGAGGUAAAGAGAGGGAGACCACCAAAGAAGGAAGAGCGCAAGGAAGAUGCAGAGACAAAAGAAAACCAAAAAGAGAACAAGGAUGCAAAGACCAAGAAGGAUGAUGCCAAGACCAAAGAGGAGCAGAAAGAGACCAAGGAUGCAAAGACCACGGAGGAUCCAACGACAGAAAAAGAUCAGAAGAAGGAGGAGCAAAACGAUGAGGAGGAAGAGCCGGAAGAAGAAGAAGAAGAGCAUGCAGAAGACUGUGAGUUGGAUAGCGAAGAAGAGCUUUCAUAUGAUGAUGACGGAGAGCUCAAACCAAAGAGCCUUGCGACGGAUUUCAAAAAGGUGGCCAAGAAAUCCAAGACUAUGAACAAAGGCGACAAGAAGAAUGCCAAGGAUGCUGAGAAGGAAGGCAAAACCAACAAGUCAAAGUUCGCAGGCACUGGAAAGGCUGUUGCUAAGCCAAAAGAUGCUCUGAAAAGCAAGAGGAAGGCAAAGCUUGAUGAUCUUGAUGAGAAGGAGGAUGAAGAAGAGAAGACAACGGCAGAGGAUGUUGAUGACGAGGACGAAGAAGACCAUGGAGAAGAUUCAGAAGAACUGAUGGCUCGCAAGACCAGCAAGAAGAAGGAUGAUGAGGAGGAGGAUCCGCCCAAGAAGUCCAAGAUCGGCAAGUUCAGUGGCACCGGAAAGGCAGCUGCUAAGAAAGCCGGACAGAAAAAGGAUGAAGAAGCUGAGGCUCCGAAGGGAGGCAAGAAGAAGAAGGCAAAGGCUGAUGAGAUUGACGAGGACGAGAAGCCAAAGGCUCGAAAGCGAAGCAAGAAGGAGGCAGAAGAUGACGGGAAGAAUCAUGAAGAAGAUCAGAAGCCUAAAAAGACAGGCAAGAAGAAGGCAAAGGUUGAUGAUGAGGAGGAUCCAAAGCGUGAAAAGGCAGGCAAGAAGAAGGCAAAGCUUGAUGAGGAGGACGUGAAGCCUUCAAAGACAAGCAGCAAGAAGACAAAGGUUGAUGAUGAGGAGGAUCCGAAGCCUGAAAAGGCAGGCAAGAAGAAGGCAAAGCUUGAUGAUCUUGAUGAGAAGGAGGAUGAAGAAGAGAAGACAACGGCAGAGGAUGUUACUGAGGAGGACGAAGAAGACCAUGGAGAAGAUUCAGAAGAAUUGACGGCUCGCAAGACCAGCAAGAAGAAGGAUGAUGAGGAGGAGGAUCCGCCCAAGAAGUCCAAGAUCGGCAAGUUCAGUGGCACCGGAAAGACAGCUGCUAAGAAAGCCGGACAGAAAAAGGAUGAAGAAGCUGAGGCUCCGAAGGGAGGCAAGAAGAAGAAGGCACAGGCUGAUGAGAUUGACGAGGACGAGAAGCCAAAGGCUCGAAAGCGAAGCAAGAAGGAGGCAGAGGAUGAUGAGAAGAACGAUGAAGAAGAUCAGAAGCUUGAAAAGGCAGGCAAGAAGAUCAAGAAGAAGGCAAAGGUUUAUGAGGAGGAGGAUCCGGAGCGUGAAAAGGCAGGCAAGAAGAAGGCAAAGCUUGAUGAUCUUGAUGAGAAGGAGGAUGAAGAAGAGAAGACAACGGCAGAGGAUGUUGAUGACGAGGACGAAGAAGACCAUGGAGAAGAUUCAGAAGAACUGAUGGCUCGCAAGACCAGCAAGAAGAAGGAUGAUGAGGAGGAGGAUCCGCCCAAGAAGUCCAAGAUCGGCAAGUUCAGUGGCACUGGAAAGACAGCUGCUAAGAAAGCCGGACAGAAAAAGGAUGAAGAAGCUGAGGCUCCGAAGGGAGGCAAGAAGAAGAAGGCAAAGGCUGAUGAGAUUGACGAGGACGAGAAACCAAAGGCUCGAAAGCGAAGCAAGAAGGAGGCAGAGGAUGAUGAGAAGAACGAUGAAGAAGAUCAGAAGCUUGAAAAGGCAGGCAAGAAGAAGGCAAAGGUUUAUGAGGAGAAUGAAGAAGAGAAGACCAAGAAGCCAGGGAAGUUCAGUGGCACAGGAAAGAAGUCAGUCACGAAGCGUGGGAAGAAUGCAGAGGAUGAAGAAGAGAAUGAGAAGCCGAAGGCUUCAAGCAGCAAGAUGAAGGCUGAUGAGUGUGAAGAAGAAGCAGAUGAGGAAGAUCGAGAGGAGGCAGACUCUGGAGAGGAGGCAGAGGAUGAAGAUGCAGAAGGUGAAUUUGUCACUCAAACAACAUCCAAACAUUUUGAUCGCCAGGGUGAUGUCAUGAGGGAUGCCUACCACCAGUACAUCAAGGAAAACAUGGCUGUGAUGCGCAGUGAGAAUCCCACACUGUCUGGCCGUGAAGUGUUGCAGACAGUGGAAGACUUCCGAGAUCCGCACAAAUUGCAUCCGCAAUAUGACUCCGACUCAGCGUUGCCGAAGACGCCUGAACAAGAAGAAACAGGUGAACUUGAACACCUCAAGACCUGUGCUUGGAACCACGAUCUGGACAAGGUCAUUCUCGAGAUGCCCAAUGAAAAUGGGAAAGGGACCACUGAUGCUGACAUGUCAUCCAUCCGUGCCUUGCUGCACGAGAUGGAAGAGGAGGAAGUGGUUGAUUGCACUAUCAACGGCCAUGAAUGUGAACGUGCUCCGGCCUGUGGAGAAGGAGCUGCAGCAGCCGACAGCGACAACCUCAUUUGUUUGUCCGAACAGCUUGAUAUCGAUUUGUUGCCCAAGGCCCCAAG